AUGGCAUCGCAGGAAAAGUGUGUUUAUGUUGGCAAUCUCGAUUGGACGACUACCGAAGAUGAGCUCGGUGAUCAUAUGAAGAAGGUUGGACCUGUCGUGUCGGUCGAUAUUAUGACCAGAAACGAUGGUAAAUCCAAAGGCUGCGGGUGA